AUGCAAGUGCUUGGAUGUUUGCGGGGAAGCGGUCGGUUGACUCGCUGCCUUGUGCAUCAAUACCGUUCACAAAUCUUGUAUGAACCUUCCUUGCGGUCAUCUGCACACUGCAAGCUUCUCAACCUUUGGGGAAAAAACAUCUCAUCAGAUAACCAAUGGAUUAAUUUGCAGAGACUGGAUCAAGAGUACGUUGAAGCUAGAAAGGCGUUGAGAGACAUUCGGAGAAAGGGGACUCGCGAAGAAAUAGUGGUGGCCGAACGCGAGGUAGCUGAGAUGAGGCUUGAUGCAGCCAGGGCCAGGGGGAACCCGGUCGAGAUAGCAGGGGCGGAGCAGGACCUGGCCCAGGCGAGGCUUGAUGCAGCCAGGGCCAGGGGGAACCCGGUCGAGAUAGCAGGGGCGGAGCAGGACCUGGCCCAGGCAAAAGCCGCGACAGUAGAAGGAAUGGCCCAGGCGAGGCUUGAUGCAGCCAGGGCCAGGGGGGACCCGGUCGAGAUAGCAGGGGCGGAGCAGGACCUGGCCCAGGCAAAAGCCGCGACAGUAGAAGGAAUGGCCCAGGCGAGGCUUGAUGCAGCCAGGGCCAGGGGGAACCCGGUCGAGAUAGCAGGGGCGGAGCAGGACCUGGCCCAGGCGAGGCUUGAUGCAGCCAGGGCCAAGGGGAACGCGGUCGAGAUAGCAGGGGCGGAGCAGGACCUGGCCCAGGCGAGGCUUGAUGCAGCCAGGGCCAAGGGGGACCCGGUCGAGAUAGCAGGGGCGGAGCAGGACCUGGCCCAGGCAAAAGCCGCGACAGUAGAAGGAAUGGCCCAGGCGAGGCUUGAUGCAGCCAGGGCCAGGGGGAACCCGGUCGAGAUAGCAGGGGCGGAGCAGGGACUCACUCAAGCACAAGAUCGAAGCCGAAUUCUCCGGGCAAGCAUUUCUCCUAUAUUUGCUUUUGAAGGCAAUUACUUGGAUGGAGUGUAG